AUGACGACGCCUGCGAUUCGCAUCCCCUUCACCGGCCCAUUACCGCCGGCCAUUAUAGUCCCGGCGUCCGCCAGAACAUUUGCGGGGGCGAUCGACGCCGUGCGCGCGUUCUUGACGGCGCCACCGUCCCUCAAUCUUCGAGGGGUCGACGUGGGGAGACAUGCCCAGACCGUUCUACUCACUGGCGCAGGGAUCUCCGUGGCUUCGGGCUUGUCGGACUAUCGCGGGGAGCAAGGCACCUAUCGACGGAAUAAAUCUUACCGUCCCAUCUACUUCCACGAAUUCAUCUCUCGCCAUGAGUCGCGCCAGCGGUAUUGGGCGCGCAGCUUCGUCGGAUGGCCGGGGCUUGUGAAAGCGCGGCCGAACUCGACACACUGGGCCAUCAGAGACCUGGGCGCCAAGGGUUACUUGAGCUCGGUGGUGACGCAGAACGUUGACUCCUUCCACUCCCUGGCCCAUCCUGAGCUGAACACCCUCGAGCUGCACGGGUACCUGCGAUCUGCGGUCUGUACCAGUUGUCACAACCAGGUUCCCCGAACGGAGUUUCAGCAGUCCUUGGAGCGACUCAAUCCAGCAUGGGCCGAGUUUCUGGCCCGUAUGGUUGCGCAGGGCGCGCUUGACACGGAUAAUCCCGAGGAACAACGGCGGAAGGGCUUGAAAUUGAACCCGGAUGGCGACGUAGACCUCGCGGAAGCACCGUAUUCGACGUUCCGAUAUCCGUCGUGCCCAACCUGCUUAGAACACCCGCCGACGUUGAAAGAUGGGACGAGGGGCCAUGUCGAGGUCGAGUACGAUGGCGCCUGGCUCCCAACCUCGACGGCGGGAAUCUUGAAACCCGCCGUGAUCAUGUUUGGGGAGAAUAUCGACCCGGCUGUCAAGACGGCGGCCGAAGAAGCCAUCGACGAUGCAGGGCGGUUACUGGUGCUAGGCAGUAGCCUGGCCACCUACUCGGCUUGGCGGCUGGUUGAACGAGCUCACCGGCGAGGCAUGCCCAUCGGCAUCAUCAACGUUGGAGGUGUUCGCAAUGAGGCGCUGCUUUUUGGGAAUCUGGGCUCGGACCCUGUAAGCCAUGUCCGCUGCAGUCAUCCCGCGCAGGCGAUCCUACCUCCUGUCGUAUCAGAUCUUCCAUUGAACCAGCUUUAA